CCUUGAUUGUUUCAACGUCCACCGUUUCUUCGAUCUCUUCUCUCUCUCUCUCUUCCAAACUGCAAAUUCUUCUGUUGCUUUGCGAGCACUUCUUCCAUCCCUUUUCUGGCUUUUCAUUUGAUAUUCUUAAACCCAUGUGUCUCUUCCUUUUCUUGCUCCUCGGUUUAUAUCGUAACAUAUACCCUUUUCAUUGUUAGGGGAUUGGAAGCAAAGACUUUUUUCUUUUUUUGGGUUUUCCUAUCAUGGUUUCCUUUCGAUCUUUUCUUCCAUCACCGGGAUAUCUUUCAUCGGAGAUUCGCUGAAAAACCAACUGCGCGCGUAACGGACAGAGGUCAUGCAUGGGAGUCUAUCGUCUGGUGAUGGACAGGUCAAUCAUUGGCAAGUGCCCCAACCGAUUAUGGUUAGUUGUCUUCGCCUCUUUUCUUCUGUGGUUCGUAUUGCUUUGCUUCUAUUAUUCGGUUCCUACGGUUGGCAUCCCCGAGCGUGUCACCUUGUUUGGUGAUAACUUUGUCAACACUGUCAAUUCUAUUCUUUUGCCUGAAAAUUCCAACGAAAGCAUUAAUGGAAAAAAAAUUAUCAGCGAAGAAACAGACUUUGUCAAGCCUGUAAAAAAUAUGGAUGUCAGAGAUCUUGUAGUAAAAAACAAGGAUGAAACAAAAAAUGGGUACAACCCGUUUACCAAUUUUUCAGCCAGGGAUUAUGGGCUUGACAAUUUUGAUCAUAUAGUGACAGAAGUGUACCCCAACAAUCAAACGCACCUUGCAGAGAAUGAAGCUGAUCAGCCUGUUAAUGGCGUUUCUAGUUCAGAGAAUGGAGAAAAACCAGAUCCAUUAAAUGAGAAAAUCUCCAAAGGGACGAGCAGGGAAUUAGUUGAUUCCUGUUCGGGUAGAUACGUUUAUGUCCAUGAUCUUCCUCGCCGGUUCAACGAAGACAUGCUCAGGCAUUGCCGGUCACUUAGUAAUUGGACUGAUAUGUGUCUCUUUACAGCAAACAUGGGUCUUGGUCCCUCUCUUCGAAAUUUUGAGAGGGCAUUCUCAAAGACUAGUUGGUUUGCGACAAACCAAUUCUUGCUGGAAGUAAUCUUCCACAACAGAAUGAAACAGUACAAGUGCUUGACAAAUGACUCAUCAUUGGCUUCAGCAAUCUUUGUUCCAUAUUAUGCCGGCCUGGACGUUUCUCGCUACCUCUGGUAUUCAAACACAUCCAUGAGAGAUGCUGCUUCCCUUGAGCUUGUCAAGUGGCUCAGAGAAAAGCCAGAGUGGAAGAAAAUGUGUGGCAGAGAUCAUUUCUUGGUUGUCGGAAGGAUUACAUGGGAUUUUAGGAGAGUAAGGGAGAAGGAUUCCGACUGGGGUAAUAAGCUAAUGCUCUUGCCGGAGUCGAGGAAUAUGACGAUGUUGGUAAUUGAAUCAAGCCCUUGGGACAACAACGACUUCGCGAUACCUUAUCCGACAUACUUCCACCCUUCAAGCGACAACGAAGUUUUCCGGUGGCAGAACAGAAUGAGGAGGCAGAAAAGGCGGUAUUUCUUCUCUUUUGCCGGCGCCCCAAGACCCAAUCUUCAAGAUUCUAUUCGUACUGAGAUUAUCGAGCAGUGUCGGGCUUCUACGGGGAGGAAAUGCAGGUUGUUGGAAUGCAGAGACCGCGCAAACAAGUGCUACCAGCCAUUUCACGUGAUGAAAAUGUUUCAAACUUCUGUUUUCUGCUUGCAGCCUCCGGGAGAUUCAUUCACCAGGCGGUCUGCUUUUGAUUCGAUUUUGGCAGGUUGUAUUCCAGUUUUCUUUCAUCCGGGGUCAGCUUAUGUUCAAUAUCUAUGGCAUUUACCAAAAGAUUACACCAAAUAUUCUGUGUUUAUACCCGCAAACGAUGUGAAAAGUGGGAAAGUCAGCAUCCAAAAGAUACUGCUUCGGAUUCCGAAAGAGAAGGUGCGGGCUAUGAGAGAGGAGGUCAUAAGGCUGAUUCCAAGAGUAGUAUAUGCACAUCCCAGAUCAAGAUUGGAGACCCUUGAAGAUGCGUUUGAUAUUGCAGUUCAAGGAGUUCUUGAAAGAGUAGAGAGAAUUAGGAGGGAGAUGAGAGAGGGGAAGAAUACUAGUUAUGCUUUUCCAGAGGAAUUUAGUUGGAAGUAUAAUUUGGUUGGGACAGUGGGGGAGCAUGAAUGGGAUCCUCUGUUUGCCAGACCGUAGAACGUAAAUUAGAGUACAAAAUACAGGGGAGGAGGAGAAAGGCAAUUUGCUUACUUUUAUUCAUGUAUUUGGGCAAGUAUUUCUAUCUUUUUAGUUUAGAAAAAAUGUUUUGAUGUAAUAUAAAGUUGGGAAGCGUUGAUCGAGUUCAUAUUUGAAAAAAUAUUUUCUCUAGAA